AUACAAAAGAGAGAGUAUUAUUCAGAAAAUCUUCUCUUUUCUAAUUGUGGGAUACCGUCAUCUCGCUUGCCAACCGUGCCAUGCAGCUAGCAAUCCGCUUCAUCGCAUUUCACAACGAGCAAUUGAUUAAGAAAACCUCGUUUGGGUUUGGUUGGUGAUGCUCGUUGGGAAUGCGAGGAAGCAGAUUUCCAUCUGGGUUAAGGGUGACCCGUUCCAUUUUGGGAGCUCUAACCCGUGGGUUGACGCAAUCUCAAAGAAGGUGAAGGAGAAUGUCUCAAGAAGGGAGGCUCAGUUGGCACGGGAUGUUGUCCCAUUUAACUUUUUGACACCUUUAAGGAUUAUUAGGGACACUAUUUUGGGGUUCGGAAGCCCUGCUCCAGUGUUGGUUUCGAAAGGGGCGAGUACCGUGGAUGUUGGAAGGUCUGUGCUGGUUCACACAGAGCCACGGACUACGUUGGAUGCAGGGACUAGGAGACCCAUGGGAGUGGGUUUGCUUUAUUGCUUUGCGAUUGCAAUUGAAGUAGACUCUGGAUUUGGAUUCAGUGUCUUCAACCUCCAUGGCACUGAACUGAAUCCAAAUCCAGAGCCUCCUCCAAUUGCAAAAUACUCUUGCUACCCACCAGAUCCAGUCGAGACUCGUGAAGAAGAUAGCAUUGGUGUGAAGGGGUUGCAACUUGCAAGAGGCAGCAGAUGGCAACAUUUAGAAGCCUACAUCAAUCUGUUUACAUUUUAUAUUGUCGGACUUUUGGCGGCCACUUUACUAAGUUUCAUAGCACAUUUAAGAGGGAAAGGCCUUUGGAUCGGUAUUGUAGCUGGUUCUGUUCUUCAAACAACACUCCUGAUGCUUAUUACAAGCGUCGCAAAUUGGCAAAAACAGUCACACGCCAAUCCCACGAAUAUCAACAAGAACCAGAAAUAUUCUAGGCUUCAGUGCCAGCCCGAGCAGGAAGUAAUGCCACUAAAAGCAAAUGAUUACAUGGGAGAAAGCAAGUGUGAAAUAUGUGCUGAAGAAGAAGAGGACUCUACGCAUUUGUUUCUAAGUUGCAAGAUUGUUCGGUGGUUGUGGAAGGCCUGUGCAAAGUGGUGGGGGACUAAGGUCACGCUGGAAGUGGAUUGUUGGAAUACCUUCCAGAAAUCCGGAAUAGGAUCUCUAGAGCCAUGCAUCAGAGAAGGAUGGGAUUGCAUUUGGAAAUCUGUCGUUUGGAAUGUGUGGCUGGCUCGAAACCAAAAGAUAUUCCAAGGCAAAGAGAGGAAAAUGGAACAGCCACUACUACCACAGAGAAAGGAGAAGACAUGGGGAUUAACAUGGGGCACCUUUCUCGAGGAAUUGAAGAACUUGAGCUAUAUGGCGGGACCAAUGGUGGCGGUUUCAUUUUCACUGUACGUUUUGCAAGUAGUAUCCAUGAUGAUGGUAGGACAUCUUGGUGAACUAUCUCUUUCUGGGGUUGCCAUUGCCACUUCCAUCACAAAUGUCACUGGCUUCAGUCUCCUUUUUGGAAUGAGUGGUGCAUUGGAAACUCUGUGUGGACAAGCAUAUGGAGCACAGCAACACCAGAAAGUUGGAACUUAUACGUAUUGUUCAAUAAUCUCUCUUCUUCCAAUUUGUAUCCCAAUAUCCAUCCUUUGGAUGUUCAUGGACAAGCUAUUGAUAUUGAUAGGCCAAGACCCUCAAAUCUCUACAGUAGCAUGCAGAUAUGCAGUUUGGCUGAUACCUGCACUAUUUGCCAGUGCAAUUCUUCAUCCUCUAGUUCGCUAUUUCUUGUCUCAGGGCUUAAUUGUUCCCCUGCUAUUAAGCUCUAGUACAACUGUAUUUCUCCAUUUAUCUCUUUGUUGGGCUCUUAUAUAUAAAAUGGAAUUGGGAAAUAUUGGGGCAGCACUUGCAACUGGAAUUUCUUACUGGUUUAAUGUGAUGUUGCUUGGAUUUAUUAUGAAGUACUCUCCAUCAUGUGAGAAAACUCGCAUCCUCAUCUCGCAGGACAUUUUCUUAUCCAUUAAGGAGUUCUUUAGCUUCGCUCUCCCUUCUGCUGUUAUGAUCUGCCUUGAGUGGUGGUCAUUUGAACUGCUAAUACUGCUAUCUGGCCUUUUACCAAACUCAAAACUUGAAACAUCAGUUCUUUCCAUAUGCCUUAUGACCAUAUCAUUACAUUUUCUCAUACCGUAUGGGAUUAGUGCCGCCGCAAGCACACGAGUUUCAAAUGAAUUAGGAGCUGGAAAUCCACAAGCAGCUAAAGUGGCCGCCAUUGCUACAGUGGUACUUACAGCCAUAGAAGCUAUCUCUGCAAGCAUAAUUCUCUUCUGCUGCCGCUAUAUCUUUGGAUAUGCAUUUAGCAAUGGCAAGGAAGUUGUGAAUUAUGUUACAGAAAUGGCUCCCUUGAUCUCCCUGUCUAUUAUAGUGGACAGUUUGCAUGGAGCAUUUUCUGGUAUUGCCAGAGGAAGUGGGUGGCAGCAUAUUGCAGCCGGUGUCAAUCUUGGUGCGUAUUACCUUGUUGGAAUUCCAGUAGGUAUCCUGUUGUGUUUUGGGAAGCAUUUUAGAGGGAAGGGCCUCUGGAUUGGUAUAGUGACAGGUUCAACCGUGCAAUCAACAUCACUGGCAGUUGUUACUGUCUUCACAAAUUGGCAAAAACAGGCAAAUAAGGUGCGAGACAGAAUAUUUAAAGGGACAUUUCCAGUUGACAAAGAAUCAGCUUGAGGAAACCGAAAGCAGACAGAGGAAUAGCCUUAUAAUCUGAAUUUCUACCUGGAACUCUGUUUCCUUUUAUAAUUCACUAGCAUGCAAUUUCGGAUUUCCCCUGAUUGGCACAUGCCAUUGCAUCAGUUUUAGAUGUGAGAUAAAUAGAACAGGACAAUUUUA